AUUCUCUAUCUCGUAUUCAUUGCUGUAUUGUACUUCAGCAGCUACCACGGAGCGAAGUCGAACCAAAGACACACCCUUCUUACUCUCAGCUUUCCACUCCCGGCUCUCUACGGUCGGCUUCGAGGUAAUUCGGCGCGAUCAUGAACGGACCAAUGUGGACACCUGGAGGCGUGGGCGGAGGAUAUCAGAGCGAUACGCAAGAUGAGCAGGCCAAGGCUGUGGUCAAAAGUGUAGGUUUGUGAGACAGAUUUUCCCAACUCGCGUUAUUCUGAAGAUUAUGGGCUUUGGGAAAGGAGAAAUGGGGCUCGGCUACAUCUGAUGGGUUGAAUGGGAAGAGAUGUGAGCAAGAGGCUGGGAUGGCGUUCCGACUUGUAACUGCGUAGUUGGAGCUGCUGAUGUGCUGGAAUUCGAAGUUCGGGACUCGAAACCAAGGGAGGGCUCUACUAGCAAAGGCGUGGGUUUUUAUCCAGCUUAAGUACGCGAUUAAUUCGCGUAGGAAGCUGUCGGGGUUUGGUAUGAAAGACUUUGGGGCUAAGAUGCAAGCUCUGAUGGAGUCUUGCCCUGGUAAAACUGCCGUCUCGGGCGUAAUGGGGUUCGCCCUCGGCGGAGCCUUUGGUCUUUUCAUGGCCUCUAUGCAAUACGAUACUCCCCUCCAUACACCUGGCUCUGCCGGCGCAACGGUCGCCUCCCUUCCACUCCGAGAACAACUCAAAGCUGGGCUUCGCGAUAUGGGAGCGCGCUCUUUCUCCUCCGCGAAGAACUUUGGCAAGGUUGGUGCUAUAUUUGCGGGAACAGAGUGUUGUAUUGAGGGCUUUCGCGCGAAGAACGAUCUUGCGAAUGGAGUACUCGCGGGGUGUAUUACAGGAGGCGUUUUGGCUGCCCCUGCUGGUCCACAAGCUGCUGCGUUGGGUUGUGCGGGCUUCGCGGCGUUUUCAGCGGCUAUUGAUGCGUAUAUGAGGAGGCCGAGUGAGGUUGAUUAGGUGAUAGGGAAGAGCCGAAUUUUGCUUCUGGCAGAGAAGGUACGAGUGCUGCUCAAUAGAUUAGGAUGAGGAUGGACCUUUGAUAAGGUUUUGUGAUACUUAUAUAUGUGCAUUUUGGUUUGCCGGCCGGCAUUGCAAGGCGUUAUGGGGAUGUACUAGCAAGUCGUAUACCGGCUCCGCUCUCGGUUAUCUGGAUACUAUAGGGAUGAUGUCUGAUAGAGAGGCGUCGUUGAAUCAUGAUCUCACCGACCGAGAAGAAGUUUCUUGUAAUUUCACAAUCUCAACUAAACAAUCUUUACCAUGAUUCUGACUCACUGACAGAAUAACCAGAUUUCACCUUCCAGUUCUACGC